AUGCCCUUCUACCUUAUUGAUGCUUUCGAGAACCCGGACAGGCCUGAUGUGCUGUAUCUGUUUGGUAAGGCCUGGUAUCGCGGGAAGUGGUCCUCCUGCUGCACCCUGGUGCCAAACAUGCACCGCAGCCUGCUGGUCGUGCCGGCGCCCCACGUUUUCGCGGACCCAUCCGGAGAGCUGGCAGCCCUCGAGGCUGCCGCCAAGGAUGCCGCAGCCGCGGCCGCGGCGGCCCCGGCCAGCGCAGGGGCGGGCGCGGCCGAGGAGGGCGGGGGCGAGGGCGGCGAGCUGCAGGCGGCGGCGCAGGCGGCGCGGCUGGAGCUUCUCAAGGCGCUGCACGCCCGCGCCGCCGACCUGAAGGCCGAGCUGCGCGCGCUGCUGCUGCGCCAGGGCGUGCGCAGCAUGCGCGUCGUGCCUGUCAGGAGGAACUACGCCUUUGAGGACCCCAGUGUGCCGCAUGGGGAGCAGUGGGUGCUGAAGGUGCGCUACCCUGCGGCAGAGCCUACCCUGAUGACGACGCUCAAGGGGGAGCACUUCAGGGCUGUGUUCAACACGCGUCAGAGCCUGCUGGAGGCCCUCGUGCUCAAGCGGCGCGUCAUGGGCCCGGGCUGGGUGCUGCUGCAGGCGCCGCGCAUCAAGGAGGGCUCCGCCAUGGUGUCCUGGUGCAAGCUGGAGGUCGAGCUGUCUGGCCCCAAGGCGCUCCUGGCCGGCAAGCACGCCGGCGCAGCCGAGCUGCGUGCGCGGCGCCCCCCGCCGCCGCUGACCGCGGCGGCGCUGAACCUGCGGCUGCACACCAACCCGCAGACGCAGCAGCCGGAGAUCCUGGCAGCCAGCGUGGUGCACCUGGCGGGGGUCUCCCCCGACUCCCCCAUGCCGCGGGAGGAGUGGAGCAGCCCGCAGCUGCUGAGAAACUUCACGGUCGUCAGGAAGCUGGACGGGCACCCCUGGCCGCCGGGGUACGAGGCGUCUGUUGCGGCCGACAACGCGUCGCCGCGCGGGCGGCUCAACGGCGGCAGCAUGGUGGUGCCGCAGCCCAACGAGAGGGCGCUGCUGGGCUGCCUGCUGGCCAAGCUGCAGGCCCUGGAUGCGGACGUUCUUGUGGGGCACAACAUCAGCGCCUUUGACCUCAGCGUGCUGCUGCACAGGCUACAGGCCCUGAAGGUCCCCCUGUGGAGCCGCGUCGGCCGCCUGCGCCGCAACACCUUCCCCAAGCUCACCGGCGGCGGCCACAUCUUCGGCGGCGGCGCGAGCGCGGGGCUGCUCACGUGCCUGGCGGGGCGGCUGCUGUGCGAUACGUACCUGUCAG